AUGGAUCUGCCCUGUUACCAUGGCCCUCUGACCAAGCAAGACUGUGAGACCUUGCUGCUCAAGGAAGGAGUGGAUGGCAACUUUCUGUUAAGAGACAGCGAGUCUAUGCCAGGAGUCCUGUGCCUCUGUGUCUCGUUUAAAAAAUUAGUCUACACAUACCGAAUCUUCAGAGAGAAACAUGGGUAUUAUGAGAUACAGACUGUGGAAGGUGCUCCAAAGCAGAUCUUUCCGAAUCUCAAGGAAUUAAUUUCCAAAUUCAAAAAGCCAAAUCAAGGGCUGGUGAUUAACCUUUUAAACCCAAUAAAGAGAACCAGCCCCUGCCUGCGAUGGAGAAGUUCGAAAUUAGACUUGGAAGCCAUUUAUGAGAACAGUGCUGAUGACUAUGUGGAUGUCUUGCCUUGA